GCAAACGUACAAUUAAUACAGUGAAAGUUACGCUUUGGCUCUUUACUCCCCUUCUGGAGCACCAUCAACAGUGGCCGUAAAAGGAAAAAAGAAAAGUAGUAACACGAAGGAUUCUGCCCGCCGUGUGUCUCUCCACUUUUAGCGAGGAUUCUGCUUGAUUCACGGGAGCACUCCUGAAGAGGAAAGAGAAGAUAAAGGUCUAUUUACUACUUUAACUUUUAAAACAAAAGAAACAAGAGCGGAACCUUUUCUUUUCUCCUCCUCGGUUUUUCUAUUACUGUUUCUUUUUUUGAUAUACUCGUGUGCCUUCUCGAAGCCUGCGUACGGGAGGAGGUGUGAAUAAUUCUAAUUCUUCCUCACACCGUUGCGAUCCUUCUUACUUUCAUUCAUUCAUUUUCCGUUUUUUGUUUGUUUUUUGAGGGGUUUGUUUGUGUGUUAGACGUGUUGUGCAAAGCAGGAAAAACGAUAGAGCAUCUUUUGGGGGUUUUUCUUGUCGUGUGUGUUUGCGUCUGUCUGCGUGUAUCUGCUUCUCUCUCUUGGGUGGUUUUUUUUUUUGUAAAGUACCGCGACAAGUAUCACGUGAAUACACGAUUCGGUAUCCUUCUCUGUCUCUUCUCUUUUUGGACUUUGCUCUUCUAACCGUCACAGCAGUUCACGCUACGGUUGCCUCGGUGAGACGAUUCCUACAUUCACUUUUCUGUUUUCGCGACUUGCUCGCAUCAUCAUCAUCAUCACCACCAUUGCUCUAAUUGGUUUUCCUCUCUCUCUCUCUCUCUCUAUCUUUUGUCUGUAUUUUUGCACUUCAGGUUCGCAGACUGCUUUUCGUGUCUUGUGAGAGCGCGUGUUUGCUUAUCUCGUCCCCCGCUGGAUCUCGUAGACAACGAUUAUUAUUAUUGCUAUUAUUAUCAUAAAUAUAUAUUAUAUAUAUAUAUAUAUAUAUAUUUGUUCUUCUUGCUGUCCAGCUUCAGCGCGCACGCAUUCGCACUCGCCUUCACCCCUCCCUCGUCUUGUUCUUUCUUGUUUUCACUCUUUCCGUUAUUCCCGUGUCGCGGUAGAAAGGAAAAAGCACUCGUUCUGACCUACCGUGUACAUCGGUGCCCGAACUCGUGCAGCGUCGUGCUGAUUCGACUUCCCCACGCUGCAGUAGAACAACCCCGAUACAGACGAUUCAAGAGUUUAACUACUUUUCUACUUAAACAACAAUAGAACAAUUUUAAAAGAAAAAGACCAAUAAAGCCUAAAACUAUCACAGAACUACAAAAAGAAAAACAACAUUCUUUGCGACCUGUUUCAUCCGUUUGUUAUAUUGCACUCUUUUUUUUCUUGUUUUGCUUGUGUGCGUCUUCAUUUCCCCUAAUUGAUUGUUGUUCGCUUCCACUUGAUUUCUUUCUCCCCCUUCCAUUUUCGAAUUACGAGUAGAGAGCCGUAUCUGUCGGCUAAACUAUAGUUCUUAUCUCCUGCGUUUUCUAUUCAUCUGUGUGUGUGUGUGUUUGUGUGCUUACGACGUCGAGCAGGUGCUGAUUUUUUUCCUUAGGCUUUUUUUUUGAUUGUUGUUUUUAUUUAUUGCUGUUGUGAUCGUCCAUUUCACGUGUUCGUUCCCGCCGCCUGACUGCUCUUCUUUCCGGUUUUUUUGUUUGUUUCCCUCUCAGAUUAUCUUCUCUGUUGCGUGUGUUUGUGCCACUCGGCAACCUUUCUUUGGAGAUACUUGCUGACAUAAAAUAAAAAAGCGGAUAGGUUUUUUUUGGUUUUUCUCAUAUAGAAUAAUACGUGCUUCUGCUUCUGAUUGCAAAGAAACAAUGGUUGCUGGUGCGUCGCCUCCUCCAGCGCUCUCCGCGGCGCUGCUGGUGGAGGAGAUCACCUCAGACGCAUCGCUUGCAGACGAGGAGGUGACGACGGAGGCGGCAACUAGCGCCACGAGCGUCGUCGUGAAGGCCGCCGCGGCGUGCUUUACGGCUGCCUCCUCGCCCUCCUCUGCGCAUGCGUCGUCCGCGUCUGCGGCCACGCUGAAGCAGCAUCAACGUCUGCUCGCACGGCGGCACUUGAAUCUUUCACGCCGCCUGCACCCACGCAUGUCCACGCUGGAGGCGAAGAUGGUUGUGUGCAACUUCAACUCCCGCCUGAGCGGCGUCACGCUGGAGGAGCGGCGGAUGGCGGAUGAAGUGGCCUUUUGGGAGGAGCGCGUGGCGAACCUCUAG